CCUGCACGGACAACAAUAUAACUUCGAUGGACAAGAGUCCGAAGAAGACGAAGGCAGAACGCAAGGCCGCAGAGGCAGCGGAACUUGAGAGACACGAGGCUCUCAGGGCUCAAAGAGAGUUUGAAGCUUUUGGAGCGGAACGCGAACGAAGACCAGGAAUUUUGACUGUGUACGAAGUUUGGUGGUGCCAACAGUACCAAUGGCUUAAGGAUAAAGGAUACUUACUUCGGCCUCGAUACGCUCCGGAAUGGGUACCGUCAUGGGAAGGUUUACAGUGCCACCCUUUUGAUUGUGAAGAUGGUCACAUUUCCAGAUACUCCCACAUAAUCGAUGCGACUCGCAUGUCUGAUGGCUUGUAUAUUUCUCUCAAAGUGGUCAACAAAUCGGUCCACCCUCACGAGGUAGAAAUCGGGCAAUACUUUAUGAUGGAGCACCUUGCCUCCGAUCCUAAGAACCACUGUAUUCCGUUCCUAGAUGUAUUAUCAGUGCCGAACGAGGAAGAUAAACAAAUUCUCGUGAUGCCUCUGUUGCUUAAUUUUACGAUGCCUCGAUUCGACACCGUCGGGGAGGUGGUGGAAUGCCUUAGACAGUUAUUCGAAGGCUUGUUGUUCAUGCACAAUAACCACGUAGCGCACCGCGACUGCAUGUCGAGAAAUAUCAUGAUGGAUGCAAAAUAUCUCUACCCUGAACCUUUUCACCCUGUUAUGCCUCACAUGAAGCGUGACUUCAGUGGCUAUGUGAAGCAUCUCACUCGCACUCAGCGGCCGCCAAAGUACUACCUAAUUGACUUUGGCUUGUCGCGCCGGUACGAUGCCACCGAGGAAAACCCGCUGGAGUACCCAAUUUUUGGAGGCGACAAAUCAGUGCCAGAAUUCCAGAAGAAUGCCAAUGUUCCAAUGAAUCCCUUCCCCACCGACAUCUACUAUCUCGGAAACACCAUCAGACAAGAGUUCCUGUAUACCAAGAAGGGGCUCGAGUUCUUGAAACCUCUCGCUGACGACAUGGUGCAGGACGAUCCCAACGGGAGACCUACCAUGGAAGCAGUGGUCGAGCGGUUUGACUUGAUCAGCCAAAAACUUAGCUCAUGGAAGCUGCGUUCCCGUGUCGUUUCCAGGGAAGACGGCCUUCUGGAAAACAUGUAUUAUGGAACCACACACUGGCGGCGGCGCAUAGUCUUCAUCGUCAGGCGUGUUUCAGCCAUACCUCGCCCUUCCAAUUGAAACAUACCUCAUGCGAUGCGCACAUACUUGCAUACGAUGCGAGUUCCAAGGUGCAAACUGAAACGCUCUGGGCUGAGGAUUUGGGGUGAAGUCUUGGCUACGAUCUACCCGUCGAAUGGUCGGUUGUCCUCACAUACUUAUUAUAGCGCACGUAUUCUUAAUGUGUUGUUCUUCACUGGCACUGGUAUGCAUCAAUUCCCAAAGGAUUAUAGUAAAACUAUUGCUA